GCCGCCGCCGGUGCCGUUGUUCCUUCUGCUCACGCUCUCUUUAUCUUUUUCAUUCGUAGAUUGUGCGUAUCUGUUUUGGGAGUCGACGAGACCACUACGCCUUACCAUUCACACAGCGGGAUUGGUUUCUUCAGUGUAUGCCUGUGCUUGUGCUUGUUUGUGCGUGGGCGUGUGUUGCGAUCUGAGUGACUAACUAGUUACUUCGCCAAGGAUACAGGGACACGUACGUCCAUAGGUGGAUGCACAGAUAAAUUAGACAGGCUGACGCAGAAGAUAUAGACACACUCCGGUAGGCUUCCGGGAGUGGGGUAUGCGCUUGCCAGUUCGAGUUGUUUGUGAGCUCCCGUUUAGCAACGACGGGUCGAUUGCCUUACUGCGGGGAAACGUAACGCCCGAGCGACGUUGUUGUCCUCUCACAGCGCCUCUUCCUUAGUCUCCCUGUCGUCGUUUUCUCUGGAGCGCGCUUGAUUGGUAGUGUCUCGACCUUUGUAUCUUUCGUCUUUGUGUAUAUCUGGCGCUUGCACCGUCGCCUCGUCGUCCGGUUGCCGGCGGCUGUCUCUUUCCGUUUUCCGUUGUUGGCAGAUAGCUGCGGUACAAGGUGGAGGCCGGGCUGGAGCGACGUUGUCUGUGCCGUAUACUUCCACGACCGAGCUUGGAAUUGAUCGUGUCGCGUUUGUGAAUUUAGAACGGGGUUGCUGUAAAGCAAGGCGACCGGCAAGGGAGGAGGAGAACCGACAGAGCAAGUGGAGGAGAAAGCGAUGGCGAGGAAGACGGGCCGAACGAAGAGCCAGGUCUCCGACACGUCUGCGGGGCCGUUGUCUCCGCCUCCGACGCCGCCGCCGCCUCAGCGCCACGCGGAGAGCGCUCCACAACUGGCGCGCAGCGAGGAGUCGGUGCCACUGCCGCUGUCUUCGUUGGAUGAAAGUGGAGACGCGCUGUCGCUUCCGGCGACGCGGAACGGAGAUUCGGUGGAAUUGUCGUCGACAUGCAACGGCGAACUAGUUGAGCUGUCAUCAGGGUGCAAUGGAGAUGCGGCGGUGCAGCUGUCAUCGGCGCGCCAUGGAGGCGCGGGAGUACUGCAGAGCGAAAACGUUCUGGAGUUGACGAGCGAGCCAUUGGAUAUCAAUCGGUACUUCAAGGUUGUCGAGGACAAAACGACGGGAGCAGUGGCCAGCUUCCAAGGGAUCGCCCGGGACAGAUUCGAAGGCAAGAAGGUGGCAAGGUUGGAGUACGAGGCCUACCAUGCGAUGGCGAUCUGUCAGCUGACGGAAAUCUGCCGAGAAAUGCGAAUGAAAUGGCCCGUGAGAAAGAUAGCCAUUGGACACCGCACAGGAAAGGUCGAGGUCGGGGAACCCUCAGUCAUCAUCGUCGUUUCCUCGGUGCACAGGCGGGAGGCUCUGGAAGCCGUCGAUUUCUCAAUCAACGAGAUCAAGAAGAGGGUCGCGAUCUGGAAAAAGGAGAUCUACGAGGAAGGGGAUGGCAUGUGGAAAGAAAACGAAGAAUUCUAUCAUUUGAGGGAUAGGUUGGGGGCAGCGUAACCAUGUUACAGAAGAGAAGAUAAGCGAGCAUGUGUUUGUUUGUGUGUGUGUGUGUGUGUGUGUGUGAGAGAGAGAGAGAGAGAGGGCGGAAGUGCGAUGUUCAUUAGCGGAUGAGAUGAGAUGACGCCGAAUGUUGAGAGAAGAUUAUGGGAAGGGUGGGGAGCUCGGUUAGGCUUUAUGGCCGUGCGUGCUGAUGUCAGAUGGGCUGGUGUGACGUCGAAGUGGGAUGUGGAAGAGAGCGGCGGUUACUCUCCUUUCUUCCCUCUUCUCUUCCUCUUUUACUAGGUACUUUUGAUUGACACUUGUCGUUACCUUUCCUCGCCCGCAAUCCUUACUGCCGAGAUCGUUGCAAUAAAUGCGUGUUUGCCUGUGUGCGUGCGAGAGAGAGGGAGAGAGAGAGAGAGAGAGAGAGAGAGAGAGAGUGGUGGUGGCUGUAAAUUUAAAACAAGUAAGCAAGUUGGUACGGAAAGAGGAUUGGAGGAAUGAACGAUUGGUGUGUGGAUUGUCGUGUGUACGCGGGGGCGGAUGGAUCAUGGCUGGUCGCUGUGACCGGACUUCGUCUAAGCCUAUGAUGAACGAUGGACUGGGGAGCUGUCGGUUUUAUCUUCUCUUCAUCACCGGAGAAGUUCGCCGGACUUAUCCCGGUUUUCGUCGUGGUUUGUUAUGUUGUUUCUGGGUGUCGGGCCGCGAUUGCUUUGGACCGUGAAGAAAGGCAAUCGAAAGGAAAGGAAGAGGAGAAAGUGAUCUGUACCCGAGUGUACUCGGUCUCACGUCGUGUAUGUCGAUUGAUGUGCACGGGCACCGUCGCAGCUAACCUGGGUAAGGGAGGAGGGAAAGAGAGCGGGAGGGCUGAGGAGAUUGGGAGAGGAGGGAAACGAAGUUUCGUACGUGGGUCAAGGAGCGGCUAAGUCGAGGUGUGGAUGUCGAUUGAUGCGCACGGGCACCGUCGCAGCGAACCUGGGGAAGGGAGGAGGGAAAGAGAGCGGCAGGGCUGAGGAGAUUGGGAGAGGAGGGCAACGGAGUUUCGUGUGUUCUAUGUAUUGAGAUGUGGUGGGAGUAUCUCGACUCUUCUCUAUUUAGGCCAGGUGUCAUACGCUCAAGGCUUUGCGAUCUGUUGUUGGGUCAAGGAGCGGCCAAGUCGAGAGCGCGAGCGAAGGUAAUCCGGUCGAAUCCCGAGGCGGGAGUGUACUGUAGAAUAGGAAAGGGAAGAUGAACAAAUGUUCGCGGACCUUUUGGAAGAAAAUACUUGAGAGAGGGGAUUGCUGGCCGUCGACAGUGCUUUUCCUCUCUCGAUGAUGCAGUCAAGGUUUUGGUGACCUCCCUGUGAUGUGGCACGGGGCAUGGCGGAGGGAGCGCAGACAGGAGAGCGAUUGUGUGAUAACAAUUGAACUAGGACGAGAAGAUGUAGAGGGAGGAGGAUUCGCGGUCCUCGCGCUUUGUUUCUGACUGCGUUUUGGUUGCGUCUGGCUGUCUUUCCGACUCUGGCGUUUUGGUUGCGUCU